AUGCGAUCUGAGCAAUAAAGUCUUAAAUUCAUCACUCCCCCAAUCACUCGUUUAAAUAAAAUACUUGAGUGAUGGGAAAUAGAAAUUGAAUGGGUGAAACACAGCAGAGAUAGACCCGGCCGAAGCAACCGCUAAUACGACGCCACGUCACACAAGUGGUCCCCACAGACAGCGACUGAUGUCCGAAACACAUCCUAUCUCGUAAUAAAACAAACACACACAAAAACACAGAGACCAAAUCACCAUGUCACUGAUCCGACGAAAAAACGUACCGGAGAGCUCAGAAGCUGAGAUUGUGGACGCCGAGGAUGACAAGAAAUCGAAGGUUCCAGAGCGGAAAAACCGGCAGUGGUCGUGUUUGGACACGUGUUGUUGGAUGGUUGGUUGUAUAUGUGUAGUGUGGUGGCUGCUGUUGUUUUCUUACAAUGCAAUGCCGGCUUCGUUCCCGCAGUUCGUGACGGAGGCGAUCACCGGGCCGUUGCCGGAUCCGCCGGGCGUGAAGGUGUUGAAGGAGGGGCUGAAGGUGAAGCACCCGGUGGUGUUUGUGCCUGGGAUUGUCACGGCGGGCCUUGAGCUUUGGGAAGGGAAGGAUUGUACUGAUGGCUUGUUUCGGAAGCGCCUCUGGGGAGGUACUUUCGGAGAAGUUUACAAGAGACCUUUAUGCUGGAUGGAACAUAUGAUUUUGGAUAAUGAAACUGGAUUGGAUCCUCCUGGUGUAAGGGUUAGGCCUGUUACUGGACUAGUGGCUGCCGACUACUUUGCUCCAGGAUAUUUUGUUUGGGCUGUACUGAUUGGUAAUUUGGCUCGACUUGGAUAUGAAGAAAAAAACAUGUACAUGGCUUCGUAUGAUUGGAGACUUUCUUUUCAGAAUACUGAGGUAAGGGACCAAACUCUAAGCAGGAUAAAGAGUAAUAUAGAACUGAUGGUUGCUACAAGCGGUGGAAAGAAAGCAGUUAUUAUCCCUCACUCAAUGGGUGUUUUAUACUUUUUACAUUUUAUGAAAUGGGUUGAGGCACCAGCUCCAAUGGGUGGUGGUGGUGGACCAAACUGGUGUGCGAAGCAUUUAAAGGCUGUGAUGAAUAUUGGUGGUCCAUUUUUAGGUGUUCCGAAAUCUGUCCCUGGGCUUUUCUCUGCUGAAGUUAGGGACAUUGCCAUUAUCAGAGCUGUUGCUCCAGGCAUCCUGGAUAAGGAUUUAUUUCGUUUUCAUAUGAUGUUGCAACAUGUGAUGAAGGUGACCCGGACUUGGGAUUCUACUAUGUCGAUGAUACCAAAAGGUGGGGACACUAUAUGGGGAGGUCUUGACUGGUCACCCGAGGAAGGUUAUUCUCCUGGGAAAAGAGAUCAGAACAACAAUGGAACUGAAACUCCUGACAAUAGUGAAGAUGAAAAUCUUAUUUCUGAUGCAAAGCAUGCUCAUUAUGGAAGGAUAAUAUCAUUUGGGAAAGAGGCGGCAAUUGCUGCUGCUGCAGAGCUGAAAAGGAUUGACUUUAGGGAUGCCGUAAAGGGUAGAAAUGUUGCAAAUAGUAGCUGUCGGGAUGUGUGGACAGAGUAUCAUGACAUGGGGUUUGGUGGUAUCAAUGCUGUUGCAGAAUACAAAGUUUAUACAGCUGAUGAAAUUUUGGAGCUGCUUCAGUUUGUUGCUCCAAAAAUGAUGGCACGUGGGAGCGCUCACUUUUCUUACGGGAUAGCUGAAAAUUUGGAUGAUCCAAAGUACGAUCACUACAAAUAUUGGUCAAACCCGUUGGAAACAAAGUUGCCAAAUGCUCCUGACAUGGAAAUAUUUACAUUGUAUGGAGUUGGCAUCCCCACUGAAAGGGCAUAUGUCUACGGUCUCACGAAUUCAGCAGAAUGUGCUAUCCCAUUCCAAAUUGACACUUCAGCACAUUGUGCAGAUAGCUGUUUGGCAGGUGGAGUUUAUACUGUAGAUGGAGAUGAGACAGUGCCAACUUUGAGUGCCGGUUACAUGUGUGCAAAAGGUUGGCGUGGGAAAACUAGGUUCAACCCUUCUGGCAUUAAGACUUAUGUUCGUGAGUAUGAUCAUGCUCCCCCAGCUACUUUACUGGAGGGUCGCGGGACACAAAGUGGCGCUCAUGUGGAUAUUAUGGGAAACUUCGCCCUGAUAGAGGAUGUUUUAAGAGUUGCAGCUGGGGCUACAGGAGAAGAACUGGGAGGAGAUCAAAUUUACUCAGACAUCUUAAAGUGGGCCGACAGGAUAAAAUUAGACCUUUAAAUGCAGAUGGUGGCUCGAUUGUUGUCUACAGAAGCUUGUCAGAAAUUUCAAUCGCAUCGUGUACCAUAUCAGCUACUUCUACAUAUAUUACAUUGUAUUGUUUGUUGUGGGAGCUUGAAUCUUCAAUAUUCUAUAUUCAUACUGCUGCCGUGUAAAAACCUUAGCAUAGACCACGCCUGAUUUAGAUUCUUUGCAGAUAUGUAAGUAGCAGCAGAGGAUAUUUCCACUGGUAGUCAUUCACAUUUUCGUCGGUCAGAGCUGAAAUUCCAUCUUUUAUUGGUUUACAUUUUUUUAAAAAAAAUUCAGGACUCUGUAGACAUUGAUUGUUUUUGAUAUUGUACUCCCUCUGUCCCAUUUAAUUGUA